ACACACACACGUACACACGUACACGCACGCACACACGGAACAUCCUCCCGCCGUCAGGUUUCCCGGUCCAGCCCCGCCCGCGCCUCCUGCUUCCCGCAGACCUUUCUCCCUGCAUCCCUACACACCUCGCCUCUCCAUUCUUUCCAGCUCUGGGACCCUCCCCUCCGAUCCCCCCCACAACACUCUGGGAUGGAGCGACUCGAGCCCGCCCGGAGCCCCCCGCGGCCGGGGUGAAAGUCCUCCGCCCCUCUCCCGCCCGGUACUCGCCUCGAGCACCAUGGGCCUGAGGGGUUCCCGGGGCGCUGGACGCUGAAAAUGACGGAUGCUGGAGCUCUCUUGAGUCAUGGCUUCCUCAAAGCUCCGAGAACCUGUGGAUGAAGUUUUUGACCUGGACUUGGCUGUACCAGAGACCACCAGACUGGACAGCAGCUUACACAAAGCCCGGGCCCAGCUGUUGGCCAAGGGCCGGAGACACCGACCUUCCCGCUCCAGGCUGCGUGAUAGUGCCAGCUCUGCUGAGGACGGUGAAGGCUCUGAUGGGCCCGGAGGCAAGGUGACCGACGGCUGCGGUAGCCCCCUGCACCGGCUGCGCUCGCCUCUGCACUCGGGCCCCGGCUCCCCCGCCAGCGGCUCUUUCUGCCUGGAGCCCCCCGGCUUGAGGCGCAGCCUGGAUGAGGACGAGCCGCCGCCCUCGCCCCUCGCCCGCUACCGGCCCCUGCACAACGCCGCCUCGCAUGAGGGCCUUGCGGCCACCUCCGGCUCGCCCCCGCGCUCCGCACCCUCCUCGGACAGCUCCCCCAGCUUCGUGCGCCGCUAUCCCCGAGCAGAGCCGCACAGCGAAGAUGACAGCCGGGAUGCCAGCCCCCCUGAGCCUGCCAGCCCCACCAUCGGCUUGGAUAAGAAGACUCGCAGAAAGUUCCUGGACCUGGGGGUCACUCUCCGCCGAGCAUCCACCAGCAAGAGCCGGAAGGAGAAGGGUAGCAACCGCCUGUCCAUGGGCAGCAGGGAGUCCGUAGAAGGUUCUGGAAGGACAGGGAGCUCCCCGUUCCUGCCCUUUUCCUGGUUCACAGACAGUGGCAAAGGCUCUGCUUCCUCAGGGAGCACCACCUCCCCGGCCUGUUCCCCCAAACAUGAGGGCUUCAGCCCCAAGAAAUCAGCUUCCCAGGAAUCCACCCUGAGUGAUGACUCCACCCCUCCCAGCAGCAGCCCCAAGAUCCCCAGUGGUCCUCGACAGGAGUCCAAGUGCUCCUAUCCCUACCACACGCUGUCCCAGUCUUCGGAUGAGUUCCUGGACGAGUCCCUCCCCACCAUACAACACUGGACCAGCCAGCAGGUGGGCCAGUGGCUGCGCAGCCUCAACCUGGAACAGUAUACUGCCGAGUUUGCUGCCCGACAGGUGGAUGGGCCGCAGCUCCUGCAGCUGGAUGGGAGCAGACUGAAGAGCCUGGGGCUUAGCAACUCGCAUGACCGGGCGCUGGUGAAGCGGAAGUUGAAGGAGCUGGCAGCGGCUGCUGAGAAGGAACGGAAGGCGCAAGAGAAGACCGCCCGGCAGCGUGAGAAGCUGCGGCGCCGUGAGCAUGAGGCCAAGAAGAGCUAGGGACGGCUGGCGGGGCUGGCACCCCGGCGCACUUGCAGCCACCUGCAUGGGCCUCACCAGGGAAGUAGGGUCUAGGCACCAGGUUCUUGGGGUACAGGACCCCUCUCACCCUGUUUGGACCGAGUCCUCUGGAGGGAGAUCCCAGGGAGAGGGCCCAGGAAUAAACCCAAUUUCGAGGACUUGUUUGGCACAGAUUUCCAGGGGGAAGCAGGUGGCAGAUGAAGAGGGCAGAGGCCAGGAACGCAGCAAAUCUGGAGCCCGGAGGAGCCCGGUUCAGGCUGAACCUCUUCCCUCUGGCUAGAGUGGUACCGAACAGGAAGUGAGCUCUCGAGAGAAGCCCUACAUGACCAGGAUUCCUAGGCUCAGAGAGCAGCCUGGGCAUCCCGACGGGAGACAGAGCUGUGUCUCCUCAGCUCUUGAAGGUGGCUGUGUGGUGGGAGAGCAGCUCUCCCCAGAGAGGCCAGUGGGCACUGCAGUAGUGUCACUCAGGGUAGAUCCCCAGACACCUCCUCCAAGUGGAGAAGAGGGAGCAGUGCGGGGGUGGGGUGGGGUAAGCUGGCCUCUGUGAGGACUGCAGAAGGGGGGCAGUGGGCUCUUCCUCUUUCCCCUUCACUACCCUGCAGGAUCCAGCGGGCAGGAUGGCACUGCUCCUCUCCACUGGGUCAGGAGUGGGUCCUUGACCCCUUCACAGAGCUAGAAUCCACUUCCUCAGAGAGUGCUUGGGCUUGGGCCUUCUCUGGGGGCAGGAUAAAUGGGAGCUGCUGGGGACCUGGGACAUUUCCCCCGACUAGUGCCUAUGUGGCACUGAACUGGUGACUCACCCCAGCCGGGCAGAGGCACAAUCUGAGGGUGGCCUGGAAGCUGCUGGAUCAGAAAGGUCCAUCAGCUCCCCAGGUGCCCCGGGGUGUGUCAGGGCCUCAGUGGGCCAAGAGCAGACAAACGUUGCUGGCUCAGGUUUGCGAGGCUACAGGGAGGCCUGGGCCAGCCCUGGGUGGGUCUGGCACAUGUCCUGUGAAGGCUAUGUUCAGAGGUAGAGGGUCCAGUUGCCAUGCUGACCCAGCUUCUCAGGUGCUGGUCGGUUGCUACUGGGCCCAGGAGGUUUCUGAGGACAAACUCCCAUCCCUCCCAGCUUCCUGGAGGGGUGGACAGGACCUGCAUGCUAACUCCCUCUCUCCUGCCUGGGGAAGCGGCUGAAGGCCAGGGCCCUGUGCUUGGGCUGAGCCAUCUGUACUGGGAGAGGGGCCUCAGAGGGAAACUAAGGUAUAGGGGCAUUGGCACUAUCUAGACUGGGUGGGGAGGGUGGAGGCCCUACUGCCCCUAAAGCUGUCAGGGGCCAAGUGUGCCCCACCUGCAUGUGAAGGGGAAGAUGGUUCUCAACUUCUUUCAAUAAAUAUUUACCAUACACCAAUGA